CGUUUCCUAACCUCAGUCGCGUCGUCAGUUGAUCUUCGGCUUCCACUUUGUGAAGUUUGGCAUAGUGAAGUCUCAGUAAAUUUCGUUUCAAAAAUUUUCUUUGAACAUACGUAAAACACUGAAACAACCAAAUCGAAAAUAAAACUGCACUUUUCCGAUUCGCAUCGGCAUUCACAAAAGCUUAUUUGUACAAAUAUUAAGAAGUGUGCAAAGAAGCCGCGAGAUGCGUAAAAUCAUUUUGCUAUUUGCGGUGGCCGCGACGAUGGUAGCUGCUUUCGGGGCCGUACCGACGGCUGCUAAGAAGCAAAAAGAAGAUCGCGGUAGCGUAAAGUCAGCUGAUGAAAAUGGCAAUGACGUCGACGGCCACGGGGCGGAAACAGCCAACGACUAUGACAGUCAACGAUCCCCGGUGAUGUACGCGACGGAUGAGUCUACGGCGAGCACGCCGGAACCAGUAGCGGCGCUAGCGAAGACGCCGACCAAGAAAUCUUCGAGCAAACAGCACAACGCCAAACUGUUAAACAAGCUAGGUAUGAAGAGGUUGCGGACCAGUGGCAGUACGGGUGAUAACGGUAUUUCUAACCAUCAUCGGAAACGGUUAGCCAGCCAAUCGAGGAGCAAGUACGCAGCGGACGGCAAAGGCGGAUCGGACUCACAAAUGUUCAUUGUCAAAUUGCCACCGCAUUCGCACUUUUACGACGACGGGGCGGCCGUCCGUCAAAGACUGGGCCAGCCACAUCAGCAGACGCCCUACAAGAAUCUGAAUACAGUGCCUGUGGGGUUCGUGUCUAACGGAAAACCAGCCAAGGUGUACCACUGGAACCUGCCGACCAUCAAGCACGCGCUAGGUGGCGGUCGUUAUAAGGGCGUAAACGACUUGGUCACGAAGCAGCAUCAGCAACAACAGAUGCAACAGCAAAUGCACCAUCUGCAGUACACCCAAGCUGGUGACUUUGAACUUCCGUCGGCGGCCAGUUCCAAAAUCUUGCCACGCCGCACACUCUACUACAAGCCUCGGGCGGCCGGCAAACCGGUAAAAAAGUCGUACGUUAAUAACGGCAAGCCCAACGGAUUCUAUGUAGUCAGCAGCAAGAACUCGGCCGCGGUCGUACCACAGUACCACAAGAUCAUCAAGGCGUACUACGGUAGCGGCGACGAUUAAUACCUUCAGCGUUAAUUGUCAUCGACCACCCGUCGCCACUAAGUCAUCGAUCGCUAUGCGAGUUGGAGUGCGCACGCGGCCGUAACAAGAAGUGUUCAACAAGUUAUACUGGACCGUUUCAAUAAAAUUAACUUGUAUUAUUUUUUAUGUUACGUAUACAAUUUUUCCAGAUUGUUGUAUUUUGUAAAUAUUG